AUGAAUCAGGCCUCACUCUAUCAGAACGCCAACCAGGUGCAGAGACACGAUGCCAAACUGAUUCUGGAUGAAUUCGCAUCGACGCUGCAGUGGAGGUCCGACGGAGAGGACGCCCUCCUGGAUGUCGGCUCAGGAUCUGGAAACGUGCUGAUGGACUUUGUGAAGCCCCUCCUGCCGAUUGGCGGCCAACUGGUCGGCACCGACAUAUCCAGUCAAAUGGUGGGAUUCGCCAGCAAACACUAUCAGGGCGAAGAGCGGACCAGGUUUCAAGUGCUGGACAUAGGAUGCGACAAGUUACCACAGGAGCUAAGGGGUAGCUUCGAUCACGUAACCUCAUUCUAUUGCCUCCACUGGGUGCAGAAUCUAAAGGGAGCCAUGACCAACAUCUACAACCUGCUCAGACCCGAGGGAGGAGACUGUCUGCUCGCCUUUCUAGCUUCCAAUCCCGUCUACGAAGUGUACAAAAUCUUGAAACUGAAUGAUAAGUGGUCGGAGUAUAUGCAGGACGUGGAGCAGUUCAUCUCUCCACUCCACUACAGCCGAAAUCCUGGCGAGGAAUUCAGUCAGUUACUCAGUGAUGUGGGUUUCAUUCAGCACAAUGUGGAAAUACGAAAUGAAGUGUUUGUUUACGAAGGAGUCAGGACUCUAAAAGAUAAUGUCAAGGCCAUCUGCCCUUUUUUGGAACGUAUGCCUCCUAGUUUACAUGAAGAUUUCCUCAACGACUUUGUCAAAAUUGUAAUAUCCAUGAACUUGCAACAAGGCGAUGACAAUCAGGAUCAAAAGUUUAUAUCACCUUAUAAGUUGGUGGUGGCCUAUGCCCGCAAGACUCCUAAUAUUGUGAACCAGUUUUUGGAUGAUAAAUCAAAUCAUGUUACUUUUAAGGGAAUUAAUUAGAGCCUAAUAUUUUAAGUACAAGAAAAGGGUAUUUAAUUAUUUUUGCAAAGAGUCUAUAUUAUUUCUACUUAAAUAGUGUUCCUGACCC